AUGAUAACACUCUGGUGCAUCGGCAUUUUUUCCUUCUGCAUAUUGCUUUACCAGCGACUAUCGAGCCCCCUUCUCAAGCUUCCUGGUCCGUGGUGCACCAAUUUCACAAGUUUGGCCAUAAAGUACCAUGAAUUUUCGGCCAGUCGUCGUAUAUUCAUCCAUCGGCUUCACAAAGAGUAUGGACCUGUCGUCCGAAUAGCACCAAAUGAAGUUUCCUUUGCGAGUCUGGAUGCCAUUCGAGAAAUCUACGCAUCUGGUGGCAGUGGGUACGACAAGACGGAGUUUUACGACCUGUUUCGGCAGUUUGGAAUCAAGACUAUGUUUUCUACACUUGACAAACAAGGGCACAGUGAAAGAAAGCGGCAGCUGGCCGAUCGGUAUGCCAUGUCGAACAUUAUGCGAGAGCAUCAUGUGUCGGCUAUUCGAGACAAUGCCAAAGCAUUUGUAACCAAAUGUGUGACAGCUUUGAGUGUGGAUGUUUACGUUUAUCUUCAUUGUUAUGCACUUGACUGCGUAACAAACUUCAUGUUCAGUCCUGCUGGAUUAAAGUCUUUGAGUAAUCAAGAGGACUUUGAUCUGAUGCAAGAACUGACAUACCAUCACAGUUUGCAGCAAAACCUGCUGCAUUAUUAUCUGCCCCAGCUGGCACCAUAUUUCCCUUCGUGGCUGUUGCCUCGUCGCGCUCUGAGAGCCAACGAGUAUGUCCACAGAGUGACUGCUCAAACUGAUCCGGAGGAAUACAGCUUGAUUGCUCGUCUCACGAGAAAGGAUACAUCCCUUUCGUUGUCACAAGUAGCAGCCGAAUGCAAGGAUCAUAUGGCGGCCGGCAUUGAUACGACUGGCGAUGGUCUGUGCUUUCUGAUGUGGGAGUUGUCGCAACCGCACAACUUUCACUUCCAAGAACGACUAUACAAAGAGCUUUGCUCUGCGCCUGAGGAUAUGUCUAUUGACCGUCUGCCAUAUCUGGAUGCUGUGAUAAAAGAGGCGCUGCGCUGCGCACCACCAAUUCCGAUGUCGUUUCCUCGCUAUGUUCCGAGCGGAGGCAGAAGAAUUGAUGGAAAGCUCAUUCCCGAGGGAACAAUUGUCAGCUGUCAACCGUACACUGUGCAUCGUCUAGAUGAAAAUGUGUUUCCGAACCCAGACCGAUUUAAUCCUGACAGGUGGAUGGAAGAGGAAGGUCACAAUGAGCGCAACCGACUGUUCUUCGCAUUCAGUACUGGAGGCAGGGGAUGUGCUGGGCGAAAUCUGGCAAUGAUUGAAAUGAAGAUUCUGCUUCAAGAGGUUUAUUCUCGGUUCCGAACGACGGUGGCACCCGAUAUAAUACUACACACCACCAUGCGCCUCUCCUCCAUCUCAAACUGGACCACCUCAACCCUCCAAACCCUCCUCCUCACCUUUCUCACACUCCCCACAACCACCUCCGCCUCCACCACCCCCUCCCCACCCUCCCUCACCUUCCUCUACACAGCCUACGUCCAAUGCGAAUCCACCCUCAUGAACUCCCCCGGACCACACGGCAUCCGACGCACAAUCCCCAUCGUAGGCGGAAACUUCACUGGUCCUCGUCUCUCCGGCAAAAUCCUCCCCGUCGGCGCAGACUGGGGCCUCGUCGACCCCCAAACGGGAAUUUUCAGCGCCGAUACCCGAUACAACCUCCGAACCAAUGACGGAGAGAAUAUCUUUAUUCAGACGUCGGGGCCGAAAGCGCCCAGUGGGAACUUGCAUCUCAGGUUGGUGUUUGAAACGGGGAGUAGGAGGUAUUAUUGGUUGAAUGAUGUUGUUGCGGUGGGAGUUCUUACGAAUGUUGGAGAGACGGGGAAUAUGAGUUUUUUGAGGAUUGAUGCGUGGAAUAUGGCUGAUGAUUGGAAUUCAACGACUUUUGUGGAUUCACCGGGGAGUUCUGAGGAUACAGCAUAAGAUAAUUAAAAUUUUGGGUUAGAAGGGUACAUUUGGGGGAUAAGGGAAUCCUCGGAAAAGUCUCUUUUCUUGUGACUGAAUAGUCAACAUGGGCAUCAUCAAUUGGU